CUUUUCUGUCUAGCACACAUACUCACCAUGUCGCAGAAGGUCGUCAUCAUCGGUUCUGGCGUGUUUGGCAUGUCCACCGCCCUCUGGAUGCUCCAGACGGCCAAGGACAAGUACGACGUCACGAUCCUCGAGAAGUGCGAGACUGUGCCGGCGCCGGAUGCCGCGUCGACCGACAUCAACAAGAUUAUCCGCGCCGGCGACUACGCGGACCCCGAGCUGUCCGCGCUCUCCGUCGAGGCCGUGGAGAUGUGGAAGCGCCCGGAGUGGGAGGGAUGCUACCACGAGUCUGGCGUCAUGUGCCUCUCGGGCUCGGACCCGCGCGGCACCAAGUACGUGCAGGAGAGCUACAAGAACUGCGAGGCGCUCAACCUUGAGCCGCGGGCGAAGCGGUCCUCGGAGGAGAUCAAGGGCGUGUUCCCGCCCGAGCUCGAGACGGGCGCGUUCCCCGACCGCGUCGGCUACCACAACGUGACCGGCGGCUGGGCCGAGAGCGGGCGGUCGAUUGAGAUCGGCUUGCGCCGCGUGCAGGAGCUCGGGGGCAAGAUCGUUGCCGGCGCCGAGGUCGUGGCCUUCACGAAGGCGGCGGACGGCAAGACGGUCACGGGUGUCGUGCUCAAGGACAAGAAGAUCAUCCCGGCCGACCUCGUCGUCGUCGCCGCGGGCGCGUGGACGCCCGCGCUCCUCCAGAGCCCCGCGGUCGCCGCCCGCCUCCCCCCCAUCGUCGCGUCCGGCCAGACCGUCGCCAUGAUCCAGCUCACGCCCGAAGAGGCCGCGAUCCAGUCCAAGGUCCCUGUCGUCUUCAACCUCGACAACGGCUUCUACAUCUUCCCCCCCACCGCGGACGGCAUGGUCAAGAUGGCCAUCCACAACAAGGGGUGGACGAGCUCGGUCGGCCCCUCGGCGUUCGGCGGCGCCGUCUCCGUCCCCCGCACCAAGCUCAGCAAGGACGCCGAGCUCGGCACCCUCCCCGCCGAGGCUGUGCGCACCAUCCGCGCACACCUCCAGGACCACUACCCCCAGCUCGCGAAGAAGCCGUUCGCAGACGUCCGCAUGUGCUGGUACUGCGACACCGUCACCGGCGACUGGCUCGUCGACUACCACCCCGACUUCAACAACCUCUUCGUCGCGACCGGAUGCUCGGGCCACGCGUUCAAGUUUGCCCCUAACCUCGGCCGCGAGGUCCUCGCCCUCAUUGAGCGCCGCCCCACCCAGUUCACCGACCGCUUCUCCUUCGCCCCCACCAACCCCCACGGCGCCGACUACCGUGGUGGCGUCAUCCGCGAGAUCGACCUCAAGGAGCUCGCCGGCCCUGCCGACCUCCUCCCCUUCGGCCGCCCCGCGCGCCUCUAAGCCGCGGCGUGGACAUAGUUUGCAUUGUUUCGGUUUCUUGUCUGUACGCUUCGGGUUCGGGAUGCAUUGCAUGAUG